UACCAUAAGUAGAGCGAAACGGUUGCUUACGCCUUACGCGUUUCGUGAACACUUUCUUUCUUCUUCGCUCCUCCAAAGGUGAAACCCUAACUAACAAACCCUUAUUUCAGAGAAGAGUUCGUGGUUCCUGCAGAUUUUCGAAUUAUUUUCAGAAAGAUAUGGCCACAAAACCGAUGACUAGCAAAGCAAUUGCUCGUACGGAGAAGAAAAUGAACAUGACCUUAGAUGAUAUCAUCAAGAUGUCCAAGAAAUCUAAUUUCAUGGCUAUAAAGCAGAGGGCAUCAAACAAAAGCCAAAAAUUCUUGAAUGCUGGCUCUAACAAAGGGAAUGUGUCAAAACUGCGUCGUUUUAUGGAUUCCAGAUCUUCUGUUAGACAGGGGGUUCUUGCUGAGAGAAGGUCAAAGUUCCAAGGGAAUCAGUUUCCUCUGGCCACUGAGGCUGCCAGGAAAGCUGCAGCUGCCCCUGUUCGUGCCAGAGCUAUUGGUUAUGGUAGGAUGGUUAAUUGGAAUCAGCCAAGGUAAAUCAUGGUUCCUUAUCAUUGAUGAGAUAUUUGUCCAUUUGCUUCGAGUUGUAUACAUGGCUUGUACUGAUGGAGCUGUUGAGUCAUUACAUACUUCUUCAAUGUUUUGUUGGUUUUGGGAAAGGAGGAAUUUUAAGAAGGGCAUAUUAUCACAAGAAUUGUAGUUUCAAAUAUUGGCUUUCCCAGUUCUUGUGGAGUCUGAAUACAUGCAUCUCUUCACUUGUGUUGCGGAGAGUGAAUCUUUAGCUUGAAAAGUGAAUGUUGCAUUUAGUGCAGGUUAACCUACUCUCCAUGAGAUUGGAGAAUGUUGAGAGUGAAUCUUUAGCUUGAAAAGUGAAUGUUGCAUUUAGUGCAGGUUAACCUACUCUCCAUGAGAUUGGAGAAUGUUGCUUGGGCUGGAUUUAGAAAUGAUGGAUUGUUGUUGUGGUGGUCAGAGAUGCUAUCAAAUGUGGAGAAUAGAUGCAUCACAAAGUGGUUUUGGAGGCUUGAGGAAAAUGUAGGGGACGAAAAUAAAUUUUUAUGAAUGCUAGGCUGCUCUCUACAAAUUAUGAUGAUUAAUCCACUUCGUCUUCUGCCAUGUUCAACUGAGUUGUGAUUUUCUUUGAGGUUACUCAUGGUUGACGUCAAGGGGAACUAUGUUGGUUUGUGUUAUGAAUCUUUGUUCUUUGAAGGGUUAUUCUCAUGGAUCUAUGGCAGGUGUCAUGUUUGUGUAGAAUCCUCAUAUGAGAAACCUGCUUUUUCUUAUAUAAACAGUCAAGAUUUGAUGAACCUCCAUUUCAAUCAUUCUUCUUGGGGCAGCCAAAUUUUCCCAAUCAUCUUUCCUCAGUAAAGCCAUUCUAGCUUCUAUAUCUCUUUCAUUGAUUAAUUUCUGGCUCUUUCUAUGCAUCUGGGAGUUAUUUUGCUCAGGAUGCUCAUCCAUCAUUGUCAAGUGUUUGUUUUUGUGAUUGUACAGUAAUUUGGUUGCUCUAGGAACUUGCUUGACAGUUAGCAAGUUUUUCUCAUUUCCCUUGGAAUGUGCUUCAAGACUACUGCAGCUUUGUUUGCCCACAAGAACCUUAUUGUUAUGCUGGGGUUUGUGAUGUUUAGCACACUAAAGAAACAACUUGGGAGUUUGUGACUUGUAGAUGAUAAUGUCGAUUAUUUUCUCUUAAAUGGUGUGAUUUGAACGUGGGACGUUCAGUUUUGCAGUCCCUGUGUAAAGGAAGCAUCUUGUACUUGAAAUAAACAGGAAUAGUGAUGUGGGUAAUAUUGAGCGGAAGAACUUGAAUUCCUGGUGGGAGUGUGACUUUGGUAGAGUACCGAUUCCGUAAUAUUUAUAAUGACGUACGAGUGAGUAGCAACCUUUUUUGAUAGAAAUGUACCCAAGGUACUUUCUUUGUUGAUGGAGGACCGUUUUCAGCUAUUAUGCCUUGCUGAAGCCUUAUGUUCUAUUGGAUUUCCUUUUGAUAUUUGAUGGUGUAGAGCUGUAAAUGGGGAUUGCUCAGAAGAAAGUCGCCUGUUUAUUGGACUGUCGAGGAAGUACGGCAUUGGUUGUUAGUGCUUCUGGUCCAAUGCAGCUUAUGUGUCUGAAGUUUCUUGGAGCUGAAUAUCUCAAUGUUUCUUUGACUGGAGUGAGAUACCCCUGUAUGAGAGAUCUCUAAUUGUAGUUUAUGGGAGCUCCUUCAUUGUAUUGGAUGAAAAACUUCGUGGGGGAGGCGAAUCUUCAGUUCUCUAUCUAUCAUCAUUUCUAAAUGCUGGUUUGUCUAGUCUUUUUGUUAGUAUUAAAAGCAGUAGGGUGCCCCCAAGGUAAGCCCACCCUGUACCCCGAUGCAGUUGGGAUUUCUAAUAGCAGACGCUCUAUACUCACCUGAUCCA